GCUUCGCAGAGAGUUUGAAUCAUCCCGAAAUUCGUAUGAUUUUCGGUAUAAAAACGGAGGAAUCAAUUGGAAACUAGUGCGAAAAGAGUGGUUCGAACUCAUUGUACGAUCGAAGCAUACUGAAUAUAAUGGAGGAUAAGGCUAUGUUAAAAGAUUUAGACCAAUGGAUCGAACAACUAAACGAGUGCAAACAAUUGACCGAAUCGCAAGUGAAAAUUCUCUGUGAUAAGGCGAAGGAAAUUCUGUCAAAGGAAUCUAACGUACAGGAGGUAAAAUGCCCGGUUACAGUAUGCGGCGACGUGCAUGGACAGUUCCACGAUCUGAUGGAGCUGUUUCGGAUAGGUGGACGAUCGCCAGAUACCAACUAUCUGUUUAUGGGUGAUUAUGUCGAUCGCGGAUAUUAUUCGGUAGAAACCGUAACGCUGUUGGUGGCACUGAAGGUACGAUAUCGCGAAAGAAUCACUAUUCUUCGUGGUAACCACGAGUCAAGACAAAUUACGCAAGUGUACGGUUUCUACGACGAAUGUCUGCGGAAGUAUGGCAAUCCGAAUGUAUGGAAGUUCUUUACGGAUUUGUUCGAUUAUCUGCCGCUGACGGCCCUGGUUGAUGGACAGAUUUUCUGCUUGCACGGAGGGCUCAGUCCAUCGAUUGAUACGCUUGAUCACAUUCGAGCACUCGAUAGACUUCAGGAGGUACCACACGAAGGUCCCAUGUGCGACCUGCUCUGGUCCGAUCCGGAUGACCGGGGUGGCUGGGGCAUAUCUCCGCGAGGGGCUGGGUAUACAUUUGGACAGGACAUUUCGGAGCUGUUCAACCACACAAACGGUCUGACACUAGUAUCAAGAGCACAUCAGUUAGUAAUGGAAGGAUACAAUUGGUGCCACGAUCGCAACGUUGUCACAAUCUUCUCUGCACCGAACUACUGCUACCGCUGUGGCAAUCAGGCAGCAUUGAUGGAGCUGGACGAUGCACUCAAGUUUUCAUUCCUACAAUUUGAUCCAGCACCACGCCGUGGCGAGCCACAUGUAACCAGAAGGACGCCCGAUUAUUUCCUUUAAGAAGAAUAUCCUUAUAAUAUGAUGCUGAAGUGAAAUCAGAAAAAGAAAAACAAAGGAGCAAGGUACACAACAUACACACAGAGCCAGGCCAAGUAAAUGCAACAAAAAGUAGAAAAGGCAAAAAAGUUGAGAACCGUUGUCAGUAAAGAAUUAACUAAAACACGUAAAACCAACAAAUUUAAGCGUAUGAUUAAACCGUAAUAAAAUAAUAAAAUGAAAGUUCUAUUAUUUAACAAUACGAGGAGAGCCAAGAGAUCAACACGCGCGAAGAAAAUCAUUUCCAAGCUAUUUACCAACAGUUGGUCAGUUUCCGCUAUUGCUUCACGACUGUAACAACACCAGCAGCAGAUGGCAGUAGAACGGAGGUAAGGUUCUGGCUUGUAUGAUUGCGGCCAAGAUUCAGCAAGGAGGUAUUAAGCCGCUUUUUCAAAAAUUAACCCAAUGGAGAGGUCCUGAAAGCAGAGACAUCACCGAGAGAGGAGGCACAAUGGCAUCACAGCAUGAUGGGAAUGGGUUUCUAUUCCUACCGCCUAGUGAGCUGCAGGUGCAUUAUAAACAAAUAAUUGUAAUAAAUCGCGAUUAUUGUGUACGAGAGCGUCAGUCUGGAAACAUAAUUACGUUUGCAAUCAAUCCAAUGAAUGAGCAGUAUGCAAAUUGCAAGUUCCUUGCGUCGUUGCAAACCGAUUGCAUCCGUCGGAUGAAAUAUGUAAGGGGGCAAAGGGUAUUGGCUCAGUAAGCGAAUAAACCGAGAGAAAUGUAUCGCAAACUACUUAAGCUAUAGGAAAGAAGGCAAAAGCAUCCGUCUAUGCGUGGCUAAAUAGAAGGAAGGCAAUUGUGAACAUUAUAUGAAGUAUUUGCAAAAUCACAAAAUGGUAGAACACAGCUGCAGGGUAUUUUAUCUUUUUUUUUUGAUUCUGUGCGACUUGUUCGCCUUCCCCUUAAGAAGCCUACGAAUAAGCUGUGCAUUGCUUUUGGACUGCGUUUGUUUCCCGACCCCAACCCCCCUCAUUGCGAUGGUACGUAAAAGUCAUUAUAAGCUAAAAAUACGUGUCACAGUGUGUUGUACGGAAAUUAUUUACUGCAUCCUUGCGAGCACGAUGUAUUGUUGAACAAUAUGGAAGAGGAUAGCUUUGUAGUCACACUUCCCCAUUAGUUUGCGAACAAAAACAGAAAUAACAUUUAAUGGUCAUUAUGCGGGGUCUACAUUGGAUCUUCCUGUUUUACUUUUAAGAAGUGCAGCUUCCGAUAUGUUAAACCGAGUUUUGUUGUAAUUCACUUCGUAGAAAAGUAAACUGGUGGUAUAAAAGUGAGAACAAUUUAACACCUUUGUUUAUUAUGCUUAUUUCUCUAUCGCACUACAUGUUGAAUCAUGGCCACAGGUGAUGCAAUGCCUCCCGAUGCCUUUUUCCGCGACCAUCCCACGCUAUGUGUGACGAUCGUAGUAGACUAGCAGCGUUCGCUAAAACAGUAAGGCAAAGAAAAUGCGCAGCGGCUGAAGCAUUGCUUUCCGUGCCCUUUGUGCGUACUGUUCCUGGCAGGUGACCGUAUUUCAUUUCACUCGCUUAGCGGAGAAGGGUUCAAAAUCAAAGCAAGGAAGGAGGGAAGUCGUCGAAUCGAACCACUUCAGUACGCGUUUACGAUACAUCGGACUAAUUCGUUAGAUUGCAAACAUAGCAUAUGAUAAACUAUAAUUUUGUUGUCAUAGUAGCGGGUUUUACGUUGUUGGAAGAACGUUUCUCAUAUUCGCUAGCUUCCUUCAGUACACAUACAACAAAUAAAAACGUAACAAAUGAAAAGUACAUCAAUGGCAGUGCGCAAUUAUGUUCCUUAGUGCGUUCGGUUUAUGUGUGGUUUUUCGCGAGAGAAACGAUGCUGUUUCCUGAGGCUUUUGAUCUAGCGGAGGCGAUCUUGUUAGGUUUACCUGUGUAUGGUUGGUUGGGUAUGCUAACGUAUGAUUUCAUUUAUCGCAACGAUAUAACCCCCUCUCCCUUAGUUCCCCCAUUGACAUGGUGCGUAUACUCGGAGUACGUAAGCAGUAUACUUGGGACCGCAAAAGUUGAUAAUUCAACGAGCAUUGUUUGCUUUGUGGCAAAAUAUAUGGGAUCCAUAUGAUAAAUGCGUCCAAAGCUGCAGCUUAAAUACUUCACCUUGCGCGGCAAGCGAAGCCUGCGUAAUAACGUGGAGCAAACCAGAAAAGAAAAUCGCUACAACCAAGAAAUGUAAGUGAGAAGAAGAGAAAGCCAUCACUAAAGAGACGAUUGAGCCCGAUCAAGAUCAUGAGGACGAAGCAGAGGAUGGUGUACAAUUUUGACGCUCUUUAACAUUCGCAUGAUGCGGUACGAAAAGUAGGACGAAAGGCCGAUCAAAAUACGCAUAGCCACGGAACAGGACGAAAGUAAACCGCGAGAAAUAAUUCAUGAAAAACGCGAAGAAUGCUUAGUAACAAUAAGACGAGAGGUUUGCUUAUUUGUCGUAUCGGAUGCAACGGAAUGUUGAAUGCAGUAGCGAAGGCAUAAUAAAACAAAAACUCUAAGCAACCAAUAAAACCACGGCUAAAACAUUUACCGCAAAUUACAACAAUACACUCAGUCUUAAAUCCACCACACAUACACACACACACAUACGCAAUCCAAUCGCAUAGUCCUCGUUCAUGUCUACCGGCGAACAGAAGAUAACUGGAAAACCCAAUAAAAUUU